AUGGCACUCUCAACCGAUAACCGCAAGUCGGUUCUGAUUACGGGAUGCUCUCCAGGUGGUAUAGGAAAUUCGCUUGCGCGCGAGUUCCAUCGACAGGGCUUGCGGGUGUUUGCUACUGCACGUGAUGAAGUAGCGCUGGGAGACCUCGCCGCGCUGGGUAUCGAGACGCUGAGUCUGGUCGUGGAUGAUGAGCUCAGUGUCCAGCUUUGUUUUGCAGAGACCGAGAGGAGACUGGGGACGAAGGGUCUGGACUAUUUGGUGAACAAUGCGGGACGAAACUAUACCGUUCCUGCCAUGGAAGUUGACCUGAACGAGGCACGCACAACUUUCGAAACGAACUUCUUCUCGGUCAUCUUGAUGUGCAAAACGUUUCUACCGCUUCUUAUCAAGUCCAAGGGCACAAUUGUGCAAGUCGGAUCCAUUGCUGGUGUCAUCCCGUAUGUGUUUGGAUCGGUAUACAAUGCCUCGAAAGCGGCACUGCACUCUUUCAGUGACACCCUGCGCGUGGAACUGGCUCCAUUCGGCGUGAAUGUCACGACGAUUGUCACCGGAGGCGUGCAGUCUCGAAUCGCUCGUACCAAGCGGACCCUCGCUCCUGGCUCACUAUAUGGUCCAAUCGAAAGUGAAUACGACCGUCGGGUGACGCACAGUCAAGACGGUGCCAUGCCUCACGCAGCAUAUGCGCGGAGCGUUGUCGCGCAGAUCUUAUACGGAGCUGCUCCAUGGCGCUGGCUGUGGCCGUGGGCGCAGGGCCGCAAGAACUGGAUCUGGGAGGGCAACAAGAGCUGGCUGAUUUGGUUCUUGGUUGGCGGGUGGGCAUGGAACGGUCUGUUCCAGCGCAUCUUUACAAAGAUGUUCCAACUGUACCGGUUGCGCAACACCAUUGGGAAAUAG